CUUCGCUACUUCGGCCACUCAAAAUAGCGAAACUCCUGUAGUACAACGAAGACUUCAAAGCACCUCUGUCGCGUGCUUUCAUUUACAGGUGACUCUAGCGGCUUUUGCUACAGCGCAAUUUUGCUCGACAGCAUACCAUCCAUAAUAUUCUACUUCUAUUACAGACAGAUAGAUGGCUUCGGAAGCAGCCUCUCGGGUUUCAUUUGGGGCUCUCAGUGCCAUUUUCGAUGACACGAAGCCUCAAACCCCCGAGCCUAUCGUUCAGUGUGUUCACAUAAAGCCUCUACCGCCCCAACAAAAUAACCAAGAACGUUACCGAGCUGUAUUCAGUGAUAUAUCAAACUAUGUCCAGACAAUGCUCGCAACCCAACUGAACCCCAUUGUUACUGGUGGUGUGUUGCGAAAAGGAUGUUUUGUUCGUCUGAAGUCUUUCCAAGCGAACUCGGUCAAGGGCAAGAAAAUUCUCGUUAUUAUUGACUUAGAAGUUUUGCAGGAGUUGGGGGAAGCUGAGAAGAUUGGUGAACCGAAACCCCUAGAGACCAAAACGGACGAUGACGAAAAAAAUCAACCAACUACCAUCUCCAGCAGUGGCUUUUAUGGUUCCAAAAUUCAAGGUACCCAGGUGCAAACGGGCAUGAGAGUGCAAUCAGCACGACCUGCGUUGGGCUCUGCACAUGCUACUAUAUAUCCCAUUGAAGCUAUUUCACCAUAUUCUCAUAAGUGGACCAUCAAGGCACGCUGUACAAGCAAGUCGACUAUCAAGACAUGGCACAACAGAAACACAGAAGGGAAGCUUUUCAGUGUCAACUUGCUCGAUGACAGUGGUGAAAUCCGUGCUACUGGGUUCAAUGAUCAGUGUGACAUGUUGUAUGACAUUUUUCAGGAGGGGAACGUAUACUACAUCUCGAACUGUCGUGUUCAGAUUGCUAAAAAGCAAUUUACGAAUCUGAACAACGAUUACGAACUGACAUUCGAGAGGGACACUGUAGUUGAGAAGGCAGAGGAUCAAAGUGAUGUUCCUCAGGUUCGGUUCAACUUCACUGCCAUCGGAGACCUCCAGUCGGUUGAAAAGGAUACUACGAUCGACGUGAUUGGGGUGCUGAAGGAAGCUAUGGAGGUUUCGCAAAUCGUGUCAAAAACGACCAACAAGCCCUACAACAAACGAGAACUUACCCUGGUUGAUAACAGCGGAUUUUCUGUUCGGUUGACUGUCUGGGGUGCUACAGCGCUGAACUUUAAUGCGCUGUCUGAGUCGGUAAUAGCUUUCAAAGGCGUGAAAGUUUCCGACUUUGGCGGGCGGAGUUUAAGUCUCCUGAGUUCCGGCUCAAUGACCGUUGAUCCUGAUAUUGAAGAAGCUCAUAGGCUCAAAGGCUGGUACGAUGCACAGGGUAGGGAUGGCAGUUUUACCUCGCAUGCUUCUUUACUGGGCACAACCUCAUCUACGAUGAGACCUGAUCGGUUCAAAACGAUUGCCCAAGUAAAGGAGGAACAGUUGGGUAUGUCAGAGGAGGCAGUGUAUUUCUCUCUAAAGGCAACCGUCAUCUACAUCAAGCAAGAUAACAUGUGUUAUCCUGCUUGUCUCUCUGAAGGCUGCAACAAGAAGGUGACGGAACUUGACCCUGGUCAGUGGCGUUGUGAGCGAUGCGACAAAACCCAUUCCAGGCCGGAGUAUCGGUACAUAAUGCUUGUUAACGUCAGCGAUCAUACCGGCCAGCUUUGGCUGAGUUGUUUUGACGAUGUGGGCAGGUUGAUUAUGGGAACCUCAGCAGAUCAAUUAAUGGAAUUAAGGCAAGCAGACGAGAAAGCUGCCGGUGAUGUGUUUCAGGAGGCCAAUUGUCGAACUUUGAAUUUCAGAUGUCGAGCUAAAAUAGACCAUUUUGGUGACCAACAAAGGAUUCGUUAUCAGAUUUCGUCAGCAAAGGAAAUCAACUAUUCUGAGGAGGCAUCGCGACUUGCAGAGUUGAUUGAGUUGUACAAUGUGUCUUGAUUACAAUAUCAAGAUUCGGAACGCAAACUGUACCCCAAUUGCUUCUAACUUUCUUCGCCCUGCAUGGUUUCAGGAAUAUACCGAUGAUAUCUCUUAUGAGAAUACACAAUUUCACAGGUAGUUAAGUGCAAUUGACACAGGUGAUAAUGGUAUGCAAGUGUGAAGACCACAUUUUAGGUCCCUUGGCAGUUUUUAAUUUUCAAAUCAAAGGUCCUACUAGAAUGGCUUCUAUAUCAUUUCUUACCAAUAUACUUCAUCAGCGGUGCUUGACUAGGUGACCGGGCGACCCGUAGACAUGCCGAGCAGAAGGCGAUACAGCCACACCCGCCUACACCAAUAUUUUACACCGCCUACAUGUUUAGGUGAUCAUCAUUGCAG